UUUAAGGAAAACUGGUAAAUUAUAGUGUCUACGAUAGUCUGUAGUUGAGGCGUUUAGGGGACGUUGUAAAUUGUAGCUAUACAAAGUAACCUGGUUUACACUCUCCCCCCCUGAGUCUCUGCAUGCACGUCGGUCACACACCGCGCCACCCACCACCACCAAGUAAAUUCUCAACCUGUGGGAAACACCGGGACCCAUACCUGACUGCGGAGAUGAUUCCCUCAGCGACCUGACUUGCCAAAUAUGUGGGUUGGCAAAAUUUCAGUGUCACCGUCGAUUAGAAAACGACAUCGCGGACGAAAUACUAGCUAAAACAACAGCAAGCUGAGUAGUAUGCUGGACGUGGGGAAGUGGCCAGUCUUUGCACUCCUUCCUCCUGAGGAACUUCGGCUUAUCCGGCAGGCUUGUGUCUUUGGCAGCGCUGCAAAUGAAGCCCUCUAUGUCACAGUUAAUGAUGAGGUCUUUGCUUUGGGCACCAACUGCAGCGGCUGUUUAGGGCUCGGAGAUCUUCAAAGCACUAUCGAGCCGCGCAGGAUUGACGUCCUGUGUGGAAAGAAGAUUGUGUCCCUAAGCUAUGGAACAGGACCACAUGUGGUUGUCGCUACUUCAGAUGGAGAGGUGUUUGCUUGGGGCCACAAUGGCUACAGCCAACUUGGCAACGGGACCACCAACCACGGACUGACCCCUGCCCUGGUGUCCACCAAUCUCCUUAGCAAGAGAGUGACAGAGGUGGCCUGUGGCUCCCACCAUACUAUCGCCCUCACAACUGAUGGAGAGGUGUACGCGUGGGGUUACAACAACUCAGGCCAAGUCGGUUCAGGGUCUACUGCCAACCAGCCAACGCCACGCCGGGUCAGCAGCUGCCUGCAGAACAAAGUGGUGGUCAACAUAGCCUGUGGUCAGCUCUGCUCUAUGGCUGUACUGGACAAUGGAGAGAUCUACGGUUGGGGCUACAAUUGCAACGGACAGUUAGGUCUGGGCAACAAUGGAAAUCAGCAGACCCCAUGCAGGAUCGCUGCUCUCCAAGGUGUCAACAUCAUCCAGGUUGCUUGUGGAUACGCACAUACAUUGGCACUUACAGAUGAAGGGUUUGUUUACGCCUGGGGAGCCAACUCAUAUGGGCAGUUGGGAACGGGCAAUAAGAGUAACCAAGCUCUUCCCACCCUAAUAAACACAGACAAGGAGAGGAUAGUGGAGGUAGCUGCAUGUCACACCAGCCACACGUCUGCUGCCAAGACCCAGAGCGGCCAGGUUCUGAUGUGGGGUCAGUGUCGAGGUCAGGCUGUGGCCAGCCCCCACCUCACCCAUUUCAGCAGCACAGACGAUGUGUUCGCCUGUUUCGCCACACCAGCAGUCACGUGGCACCUCCUGUCAGUAGAUGGUGAUGACUACCUGACUGUUGCCCAGUCUUUGAAGAAGGAGUUUGACAGUCCAGAGAUUUCAGACCUGAAGUUCUUGGUUGAUGGGAAGUGUAUCCAUGUUCACAAAGCCCUGCUAAAAAUCAGGUGUGAACAUUUUCGUGCACUGCUGAAUGAAACAGAUGAGGACUCCAUAGAAAUCCAUCAGUUCUCAUACCUGGUAUACCGAGCCUUUCUGGAGUACCUCUACACAGAUACCAUUAACCUGCCACCAGAGGAUGCUAUUGGGUUGCUAGACCUAGCUACGUUUUACAGAGAGACGAGGCUGAAGAGGCUGUGCCAGGAAACAAUCAAGAGAGGCAUCUCUGAGGAGAACGCCAUCACUCUGCUCUCUGCUGCUGUCAAGUAUGAGGCGCGGCCCUCUUCAUUUUUAGGACCUGGAGGAGUUCUGCUUCAAGUUUUGCGUCAACCACCUAACAGCUGUGACGCAGACCCAGGCCUUUGCAGACAUGGACCACGAGCUGCUCAAGAACUUCAUUAGUAAAGCCAGCCGCUACGGGGCCUUCAAAAACUGACUAGGGUGCCCUCGUAGCGAUGGAUUCAACACGAUGGGCUUAAAACUCACAGAGGUCCUGAGAGUUGACCCUUGACCGAAGUAAACAGCAGGCUGAUCAGCUCUUCAAAGCCUUGUUGCUGUGGAUGUAAACACCGGAAAGGCAAAUGGUUUCAGGUUUCAACCUCUAACCGAUGCCUCUGUGUUACUGUCCUAAACCUAGCCCAAACAAAACCGUUGCUUUGGGCGUAAAUAUUGGGUUACAUCACUCAUCUAGUCACAUGCAAACUGUGAAGAGGCUGAACAGAAAGAUGUGCAACAGUGAUUAUCUUACUGUUGUAUUUUUAUCACUGACAACGUGUUCAUCUGCCUCACAGUAACAAACCAGUUAUUGGAGACAGGAUGAAUGGAAAUGCUGUAUACUAAAACAUAAUCCAUUGCAAUGUAAAGGGUUUGAUAUUGAGGUAUAUGUAAUUCUUAUCACACUGCCCUUGUGUCAGUGAAGUGAAAAAAAAAUUGAAAAUCAAAGCGCAUUUUAGUGCUGUAGUGUAAUACGUCUGAUCAGUAGUGACAGGAAGUGAUCAGCAAUAAACAAUAUUCACAUUGUGCUGCUUUCUUUGAAGCCUUGAUUCUCAAACGUUCUGGAUUGAGAAGUAGUGUUACAUGAGGAGAGAAAUGCAAGCCGUUCCUCUGUUUUAGAAAAGUGCAACUUAAUGUACUUAUGUUUGAGACCUUUUUUUACUGAACUUUUAAAGUUUGUAUUUGAUCAAUGAUAAUAUCAGUUGUCUCUCAUAAGUUUUAGUUGAAUUUUGCCACUCACGCGUUCCAUAGGGUAGUUAUUCACCUUUGCCAUCCAAACUUAUGGUUACUGUUCGAUGUUUGUAUUGACUAACAUGUGCACAGUUCUGCUGUAGACGGUUGCUUCGGCUCAUGUCAGCAGACUGAAAAAAGGUGCAUCCAGUCCUAAGUCAUACCUUAUGAGAGAUAAGGACAUCCUACUGCAUGUUUACUUGUGUUCAGAUUAACCCUCUGCGCAGCUGGAAACAGUGUCCGACUUAAACAAGCAUAUUGGUUCCUGUGUACCCUGGCUGUGAUGUUACAAUAUAGAUGCAGCUGAUUUUACAGUUGGGUUUCCUUGCAAUUCGGUAUGUUUACAAAAGUUUUUUUUUUUUUUUUUUAAUUGUUAAUAUGUUGGCAGCAUACUUCUGGUUCUUAUUACAUGUGUUUCUUUAUAUCUCUCCCCUGGUAGCACCUUGUGGUAAUGAAAAACAAUGCUGGUUUAGUGUAAUUGCAGACCGCCUGUGUUGAAUAUGACCCAAGUCUCAUAGGACCACAAGGUCUUUAAAUGUAGUUAGCAGAUAAUUCCCAUUCACAUUAGACUUCCAAAAUCUGUCUGAAUAGAAUUUAACAAAAUGCUUUCACUUUAACAAGCCAAUUAUUGUAUUUUUGGAACAUUUUGAUAAUUAAUAAAAACUGCCUGUGUUCACAUUUUGUAUGGAAAAUGCUGUAAGCUGCUUCUGAUGGUAACAUUUGACAAUCUAAAAUGUAAUAAAAGGAAAAACUAAAUAA